AUCGCCAUUAAUUUCCCUGAUUUUGUUAAGUAUUAGGCCUACCACUUAUCUUCAUCGUCUAUGACGGGAUGUCAAGGAUCUCACUUUUGUGGGCAAGAGAAAUCGGCGACUGUACUUCUUGUUCCUUCCAAAAGGCAGAAGAAAGUCAACGGGUGUUCGACUUCCAAUUGUCAGACGAUUGUCAGAUACAGAAUGUACAAACAGGUGGAAUAAAUUCUCUUCAUCUUGAUCCAGUAGAAAACAGAUAUCUGCUUUGUGGAUCUUCAGACAAGUUAAUUGUGAUUUAUGAUACAUGGAAUUCCACUGGAAAGAAGUCUUAUACCAUUCAACAAAUUGCUGUAAUAGGAAGGCCACAGCACAGUCGAUUUGCUCAUCAAUACAGUAUCUCAUGUGUCCAGUGGUAUCAACAUGAUAAUGCUAUAUUCACAACCAGUUCAACUGACCAAUCUGUAAAAAUAUGGGAUGCUAAUGCUCUUCGGCCAGCUGAGACCUUUAAAUACAAGUUUAUUGUCAACACUCAUGCAAUGUCACCAUUGGCUUCAUCACACAACAUGAUAGCAGUUGGUACAUCUGAUUCUUCUGUUUAUCUGGCCGAUAUGAGAACGGGAUCAAACAGCCAUAUAUUGAGAGGUCAUCGGCACCCAAUUCUGGCAGUGAGAUGGUCCGUUUCUAAAGAGUACGAAGUCGCAACUGGAAGUGAAGAUAAUCGUAUAUUACUGUGGGAUGUGAGACAGGCAAGAGGCCAUCUGCUGAGCUUCGAUCAACAUAAUGGAAAAGAUAGAAAAAGCAAAAAAGGAAGUACUGCCCACAACGGUCACGUAAACGGUAUUUGCUUCUCAACCGAUGGGUUGUUCAUGAUUUCAACCGGGACAGACAACAGAUUGAGAUUAUGGAAUGCUACCACUGGCCAAAAUACGCUUACUAAUUACGGAAGAAUAGAGAACAGCUACAAACGUCCGGUACAAAUGUCCUUCAACACCGAUUCUAACACAGUGUUUGUGCCGAGUGAUCGCCAUGUUCUACAUAUGAACGUCCAGGAAGGAACUUUAGUGAAAAAAUUAUCAGGUCAUUUCAACAGACCUACAUGCUGUGAAUUCAAUCCUCGCAAUCAGGAAAUGUACAGCGGUGGACAAGACGGCAAUAUACUCGUAUGGGGAGCGCCAUCUACUUCUAUCGGUGACGUGACUCUACCAGCAACAAAUCAAGGCUAUGAUAGGCUGAGAUCUGUUGUUGAACCCGGAAACGAACGAACAACUGAACCUCGCCCUACAGUCGACCUCACGGCUGACACUUGGAGCGACGAUGAAACCGAUGGAUGACAACACAGACCAAUGGCAGCGAAGAAGGAAAUCGAAGCCGUGUGACGUCACAGUUGGGCAUGACACGUGAUGUGAUAGUGUCAGCAUUGUUAAUAUUUGAGGUCGGAGAACUUGAACUAAAAACUUAACUUUCAACUUUAGUUCGUAUCAGGACAUAAAAUUGGUUGUAGGAUAGAUAGAAAUUAUAUAUUCAUACCAGGGGUGACGAAAGCCGAUAGACGGCCCAAUCGUUGGCGAAUCACACACGACCUUUAUUCCGCUUACCAGUCCAUGUCGGGUAUGGGCAUAGUUAACCAGUACUUUGUUCCAGAUUCAUGGACAAUAGUUAUACAGUAACUGAAAUAAGGUAAUGAAAAUUAGAGAAUUAGACUUCGCUCGAUUACUUACUACCUUUUUAUUCUGAAGUUAUUUUGAAGCUUUCGUUACGUUAACCUACCAAGCACUUGUUUAAUCAUUAUAGUAUAUUUUUGUGCUUUCGUCAAAUGCGAUUAGGUUUUUCGUUCCAUUUAUACCUCAGAGAGAGGAUGAAGAUAGAUAAAUCUUGUGGCGGAUCAUAUGGUUACCCAGUCGAGGUUGGACAAUUCAACAUGUGAUUGUUGCUUAUUUUUUCGCCUUGCUUCGAUUGAAUGGUAGCUUGGUAGAUUAUUGAAGUGCCCUAUAGAUACUUAUGUUAAAUGGAAUCCGCUACAUCGUCUGAAAAUUAUGAAUUCAGAACCAAAGCGAGUUUAGCGAAUAAGAUGGAGAUGCAUCUAUUUUUUUUUAAUUCAAUUUUUUGUAGAAUGUGUUCAAUAAAUCAGUUCCACUUUCGUACCUUUUUAAUUAUUACUCGAAACUGUGCUUUGUAUUUUUAAAUUAAACCAAAUCAUGUGAAAGCUUU